UUCAGUGGCAGCAUUGGUACUGUCGAAUUCACAAAUUAUGAAUUACUGAAAACUAGAAAAUAAAACAACUAAAUAGCGGUGUAUGAUAUGCCGCGGGGAGGCUCAUAUAAUAUUAAAUUUGGUUUAGUUAAGUUAGUCUAGUGCAGUGGUUCUUAACCUGGGUUUGAUCAAACCCCAGUGGCUCAGCAAAUCAGUCUCAGGGGUUCAGUGGAGGUUAAGACACACACCAGACUCAUACCGUAUGAUUCAUGAUCAGAUUAUGUCAGUCCAAACGAUAGAACUAUUAAGAAGGAUUCAGUGAGAGUGAAUGUACAUAUGAAACUGGCAGGGGUUCGGUACCAGAAUCACUGGUUUAGUGUGAAUUUGGGGAGAGAUGUUAGCUAACAUAUUAAUUUUCAUAUUGUGUUGGUUGAAAUGUAGCGUUUCAUUAAGACGAUCAAGAAUCAGACUUUACCUAAACCUCUUCAAUAAAACAUGGACUUUUUAUGCUAGAUUCAGCUGUUCAUUAGUAGUUAGUAGAUCUUGAGAAAAACAAUCUACAAAAGUGGAAGAUAAUCUUCACAAUGAUGAUUAUUGCUUCAGCAAUCCCGUUUCAUAUGAUGUUUCUGAGAUUGUUUCAACUUCAGAAAGCGAACUAGAACUCAUGGCAUAUGAGAGGGUCAUUCAGCCUGGUGAGCCCCAGCGCAGGCACACAGCUGAAAAAGUUCCCCUUAUUAAGCCUACAAGCUUCCUCCAGGAACCCCUGGACAAGAGAUAUGGUGUCUUCCUUAUAUUUGGAUAUUUGGGCUUGUCAUCAUUACUGCCUUGGAACUUUUUCAUCACUGCUAAAAAGUAUUUUGACUACAAGUUUCGGAAUACAAGUCUCCCAAGCAAUGUUUCUUUUGAUGAUGAUGUACAUACUGUACAAAUGCAGAAAGAUUUUGAGAGUUACCUGGCCAUUGUGUCUAAUGGAUCCAACCUUUUAUUUAUGAUACUGACUGUUCUUCUUGUCAGAAAAAUAUCUGUGAAGGUGCGUGUGGUUAGUUCAACACUGUUGAUAGUCGUGAUAUUUGUGGUCACAUGUUCACUCACUGAGGUCAACACAGACACUUGGCAGAAUGGAUUUUUCAUAUUUACACUAGUAAUGGCAACAUUUAUGAGUGGGUGCCAGUCUGUUUUAACUGGGUCUGUGUUAGGGCUGUCUGCAGUUUUUCCUCCUAUAUACUCACAGUCUACCAUGAUUGGCCAGGCUGCCGGUGGCACCUUCUCUGCACUGUGCAGUAUACUAACUCAUGCUACAGGUGGUGAUCCCAUCACCAGUGGUCUCAUUUACUUUCUUAUUGCCACUGUGGUCACCAUACUGUCUUUGGUGGCAUUUUUAGGCUUACAUUUUAUGGAAUUUUCAAGGUACUAUAUGGUUUCUCUUAUAAGUGAUGUAAAUAAAAUAAACGAAGAAUUAGUCAGCCAUGACACAAUUAAUGUAAAAAGGUUUUUUCACGUUAUAUUGAAAAAGACCUGGAUGUACUGCUUGAGUGUUUGUUUAGUGUUUUUAGUGACUUUAUCUGUCUUUCCUGCUGUCUGCUCAUUAAUCAAAUCAGAAGGCACAGAAAAAAAUUCCUGGACAGAUACAUAUUUUACACCAGUUGGUUGUUUUCUGCUGUUUAAUGUGUGGGAUUUCUUAGGGCGCCUUUUUACAUUUAUUUGUAAAUUUCCAGGGAGCCAGCGCCCAGGUUUGCUUCUCUUCUUCACAGUUCUGCGCAUUGGUUUCAUCCCACUGCUCAUGCUGUGUAACGUCCAGCCCAGGGAACAUUUACCUGUUUAUUUAAAAAACGACGCAUACCCCAUGGUGUUGAUUAGCCUGCUUGGCUUGACCAAUGGUUAUUUUGGAACUCUGUGCAUGACCUUUGGACCACUAAAUGCAGAAGAUGAGCACCUUGAAGGUACAGGGAUUGUCCUGGCUUUAGCCAUGACAAUUGGACUAGCUGGAGGAUCUGCGUUAUCAUUUUUGUUUGUAAAUUUGAUUUAACAGACUAUUUCAAGUGGGUAUAGGCCUCAAGGAUUUAACAGACCAUUUCAAGUGGGUAAAGGCCUCCAUGAUUUAACAGACCAUUUCAAGUGGGUAAAGGCCUCAAGGAUUUAACAGACCAUUUCAAGUGGGUAAAGGCCUCCAUGAUUUAACAGACUAUUUCAAGUGGGUAAAGGCCUCAAGGAUUUAACAGACCAUUUCAAGUGGGUUUAGGCCUCAGUGAUUUAAAACACCUUCAUUUCAAGUGGGUAUUGCCCUAAAGUAAUGACAAUACUCAAUACAAAACCAGCUACUGCAAUAACCAAAUAUUUCCUGCUAAUAACUAGUGUAUGCUAAUUAUUGCUGUCUCAUUAACCUGAACUUUAUUUCUAGGAUAAUGAGAGGGUAAUUGUAUUUCUGCUAUUUUAGGUGCUUUUAAUCCUCUGUAAAGUUGGUAAAAAAUGUUAUUAAUAUUAUUUUAUUAAUUAUUCAUUCCUCAAGUUGGAAUGUUUUAAGUAGUAUGAAAAUUCCAGUGUUUUAAAAGUUUGGAACUGUUAAAUACACUGAUCAUUACUGUAAUUACUAAUAUAUGACUAACACAAUUAAUGUUUUUUAUGCGAGAUAGUUAUGUAUUUAAUUUCAUAGAUUUAAAAAAAAAGUCACCUGUUUUCAAUUUAGAUUUUCUUGUAAGUUUUUAGAUUGUUUACUAAUGUAUUUAAUGUUUGGGGCUUUAAAUAAUCAUAUCUUAAUAAUAUUUACUGUAUAUCGAGUUAUUUUAAAUUCUCUUGAUCCGAGUCAUUUUCAGGGUGAUAAAUGUUGUUAGACAGUGUUUUUAGAGAUCCUAUGUUAUUGUUAAGAUAAUUUGUUUUAACAUAGUUAUGCUUUUUUUAAUGGUAAAUAUUAUUUUUUAUAAUAGUGGCUUGUUUAAGGUGUUUGUUAUAAUUUUCUCAUCCAGUUAAAGUAGUGCAAUGCUAUUACAAAGUUGAACCAAUGUAACCCAUGUAAGCUCCCAUGGUCAACCUGUACAUAUAUAUAUAUAUCAUGAUUUCUUUGUAUAUUCCUACUGUGAUUUUAUAGAAAAAAACUUAAGCCUGUCAAAGCCUGACAAAGUGAAGUCGUUUUUUUUUAAACUUUUACCAGAGUCAGAAUAUCUGUCUGUCUGUCUGUCUGUCUGUGGGCUUGAGGUAAAAUCUUGUAACUGAAUUUAAAUUCACCUCUAAUCCAGGGUUUUCAUUCAUCAAACAUUCCAGAUUAAUACCUUUCAAAAAGACAAAGCAUGGAUAUCUAAAUUUUAGACUAAUUAGAAAUUAUAAAAGUCAUAAUAAGUUAAUCUUAACAAUACUUUAUUAUUGACAAAAGGGGAGAUGAAAGCUUUUUAUUAUAAAGGUUUUUAUUUCUAUUUUUGCUUCUCUCAACACAAUAUCUUUAACUGGCUGUAUUUAGCAAAGGGAAGUAAGUGAUUUCUCAACAUUAGCUUUAGUUGGUUUUUUUUAAUGUGUAAAUUUAAAAAUGUAAUUAAUUCUGAAUGAACAUGUGUAAAGUAACACAUACCAGUAUAUAAAUUUAUUAUUAAGUUCAAACCUGAUAUACAAAAAUAUACUUCUAAUAGUUUAGUGUUUUAUUUAUUUCCUUACUUUAAUUCUUAAAAACUGAUAUAACCAGAAUUAACAACAAAUGGCUUUACAACUUAAAGCAAGCUGGAAAUUAUAUUUUGAUUUCUUCACCUUUAUCAAAUAUCAUAACUCUUAUUGAGUUAUCUUUGUUGCAAAUUUGUUACAGAUUUGUUAGCCAUGAAACAUGUCUAGCCAAGUUUUUUUUCCUGUGAUACUUAAUUUAGUUACUGGAUUGCAUGGCUACCAAAUAUAUUGAAUCUUUCAUUUGUUUACCAGAAAGGGAUAAUUGUAAGUACACUAGGACUAACAUGUGUUGUUUCUUACAUUAAUGGACUAUACAGGAAAAUAUCACUGCUUCAAUUUAUGGGUUGCUAGGGUUGCUUAUUAUCUUAAAGAAAUGUAAAAAAAUAAAUAAAAAAAAUAAAAA